AUGUUACCUCCCAAUGUGCAUCCUCUUAAGGGUACAAAAACAACCUCAACAACCAACAGCAUGUGUGGCUACUACGGAAACUACUAUGGCGGCCUGGGCUAUGGAAGCUAUGGCUACGGAGGCCUGGGCUGUGGCUAUGGCUCCUGCUAUGGGUCUGGCUUCCGUAGGCUGGGCUGUGGCUACGGCUGUGGCUACGGCUAUGGCGCCCGCUCUCUCUGUGGAAGUGGCUACGGCUAUGGCGCCCGCUCUCUCUGUGGAAGUGGCUACGGCUAUGGUGCCCGCUCUCUCUGCGGCUCUGGCUACGGAUGCGGCUCUGGCUAUGGCUCUGGCUUUGGCUACUACUAUUGA